AUGUCGCUAACAGCGCUGUGUGCCGUCGUUGCCGUUCUGAGAGUUGUUCCAGACAGAUCCCAGUUCUUUCAGUACGAGUCCGUGUCUCUGAGCUGUGAGCAUCAGGGAAACUCUUCUGAGUGGAGCGUGAAGAGGAACACAUCCAGAUACAUCAACCAAGACUGCUCCAUGUUUGGGAAUACAAUAAAUGAAUCCCAUUGCUCCAGUGAAGACCUUUACACUAUGGACAGUGGAGUGUACUGGUGUGAAUCUGCAGCUGGAGAGUGCAGCGAUGCCGUCAACAUCUUGGUGACAGGUGGUCCAGUGAUCCUGGAGAGUCCUGCUGUCCCUGUGAUGGAGGGAGACGCUGUGACUCUGAGCUGCAGAACCAAGUCGACCUUCUCCUCCAACAACAUCUCAGCAGAUUUCUAUAAAGACGGCCUCUUCAUCAGCAGCAGCUCUACAGGAGAGAUGACCAUCCACAGUGUUUCUAAAUCUGAUGAAGGACUCUACAAGUGUAACGUCUCUGGAGGUGGAGAAUCUCCAGACGGCUGGUUGGCUGUCAGAGCAGGUCGUCCUGAGUCGAUGAACUCCCCCCUCCUAUGCUUUCUACUUCCUGUGGUGGGUGUCUGCCUCUUGCUGGUCUGUGUGAUUCUGUUCUGCCUCUGGAGGAACCACAAAGGUAAAGAGGACCCAGACGUCGCUUACACUGACGUGACCAUUACAGAGGACGUGCAGCCAAACAGGAUGAGGGAUGUGACUCGGGCAGCGACUUUCUACACAAAAGUGAAAGCUGAAAGCUGACAGGAAACCACGUAGAUUAACACUGCUGGGGUUUAUUUUACAGUUAUUUUCUGUGUUUUCCGUCUUCUUUUGUUUUCUUUUUUUAUAUAUAAUAAAUGGAAUAAAGUCUUAUUGACCAAAUAAAAGACUUUAUUUAUAUAAUCUUUAUUUCCUGAAGUGAAUAUUAAAGCUGCAUGAAAUAAAGGGAACUAUAAAAACUAAAACAAACACAUUUAGCAGAAGAUGACGAGUCAUGAAACAGUUUUAUCAUGUUUACAUAAUCAGAGAUUCCCAAAACACUCACUGAUGACUCAGAGUCACAUGUAGGAAAGUAAAAGUUGACUCGUCAGUGUUU